ACACGAUAUCCUCGAGGAGUAGCCGUCCAUUUCGAGAAAGUCGAAACGUUAUUGUGUUGCAGGAGCUGGUAGAAUUGAACACGAGGGAAAAGUAUGUAAGGAUGGAGAAUAUCCUGAAGAGAUAUUCCGCAACUCCAUCCUCUUUUCACUCGCAACAAUCACUACCAGCUUACCUCGAACACCUUCGCUGGUCCCCCUCCCCCCACAACGACCCACCAUGCAGAUCGAGCGGCUCGAGCAGACCGGCCAGUACCCCGGACUUGGCUCCGAGGGUUGCGGCACAAUGCCCGACCUGUAUCCUGGGGAUGCGUUUCCCAUCAUGCAGUUGCUCCACCACCUGCAUUCUGUGAACGUCCCUUCGGAUGUCGUCUCUGUCGCCCGCCACAACCGCUACGACCUCACCAACCUCAUCCUUGACCUGGACAUGCCCGGUGCAGUCGCCGUGUUCAGCCGGUUCAUCGACCUCUUCGAGCCGCGCGUCCUCUCCCGCAUCGAGACUGUGGAUUUCCGCAGCAGAUACUUCCACGCCCUACUCAGCGUCAAGAGCCCCGGCAUCAUGGCCUUCCCGCAAGGCGAAUGGACCAUCAUGUGUCCCUGCUCCGCACAUCCUCGCACGGUGACAUUCCAAAUGUGCGAGUGGCAAUUCGCCGCGCUGGAAAGGCGCCAGAUCUUCGGCCGGGGCUUCCAUGAGGGACUCCUCAAGGAACUGGUGCGAGCUUCGCGUAGAAACACUGCCUUCGACGUGACGGCGUACAAGGGCAUUGCAGACGGCUUGGGGAAGCUUUGCUUCAACCUCAUGCAAAUGCCCGCGCCAUUCAUGUUCACGUCGAAAUGCCAAGUUUGCACGUGGCACAUGCAGCAAGGAGAGCGACCAGCCGGAGAGUCCGAGAGCAACAGCAACGAUCUGGUUCUGGGGUCGGAUUCUGAUCGAGGCACCGGGCCAAAGGGUCCCAUCGGCAAACGUCAUCUCUCGUCGACGUGGGAGCUGCAAAUCGCCCCACCAAUGACGAUGCAGCCAGCUCCCCCAGGUCACGAGUGGAUGGCGCAGCACCAGCACCAGCACCAGCACCAGCCGCAGCAGCAGUGGAACGACGUCGGGUAUCUGCCCGAGACAUUCUACCAGACAGCGCCGCCUCUCCCGACCGGAGGAUGGACGGAUAUGCAUGGCAAUUUCCAUCCGGCGCCGAUUCCGCCGUUUGUUGGGAAUUUCGUCCUGCAUUCUUCGUCUUCUUCUUCGGCGACGGGGGGGUUCCCGGGCAUGUUCUGAAUUCUUCUGUUCGCUGGGACUGGGCGGGUCACGGUUGGUGCGACAUACACGGGAGGGAAGGGCAUAGAGCGGACAUUUCUAUGGGUCUUGCUUAGCGGUUGGUUUUUAUGUUGUUAUUUGAUGAUACCCCAUUUGCGUCUGUCUAGAUAGAGUCAGGAUGUUCUAUCACUCGACAUUGCACUGCAGUUAUUAUUGAGCUCGUUCAAGUCUAC